AAAGGCGUUAUAAGCAGUAUUGCGGCUGAAGAACUUGCAUAAUUAUAGUUGUAAAUACAGUUUUUAAUAUGUUGCAGGCUAUAAAGACGCUCCGCUGGACACAGCCAAUGCGGGCUCUGUCCACUGUGAACACCAGUUCCGGCAUACAAGGCAGUCUUUCACCUGCGGCACCUGCUCCGGAGCCGGAUAAACUCUACAGCAAGCUGGAGAUUGAGCUGCGGGGUAUUGAUCCGGCAGUUCUGAAGAGCUACACCUGGUUUGCUACUACGGCUGCCGAGCAUUUGGGCAUUGAAAAGGGCAAAUGUUGGUCACCUCGCAAGGCGCAUCACGAGCGGAUGACGCUCCUGAAGUCUGUGCACAUCUACAAGAAACAUCGCGUACAGUACGAGGUGCGAACCUACUUCCGCUAUAUGAACUUCCACAAGUUGACAGGCUCCACGCUAGAUACAUUUCUAGAGUAUAUUGAACGUAAUCUGCCCGAGGGCGUGGCGCUGCAGGCUUCCAGGACUGAGCUGCAGGAGAUCCCAGAGCACUUGCGCCAGCCGCCGGAGCAAGUUUAGCCGAAGCCAAUACGACUGUAGUCCUUAGUUAUUAAAAGUUCAGUAUGAGCUUAGAUUAGGCUGAUAAACGAACAGAAGCACCAGCAAUCCGCACGGUAAUCGGCCGUACUCGGGCCCCGUCCGCGAUUAGAGAAGAUAAGUUUUUGGCAGAAUAUUGAAAUAAAAGUCGUAUCUUGACACACACGA